GCUGACACUGGUCUCCGUUACAGAUAAAAUAUCUAAUAGCAUAUCUAUGUUGCACUGUUACAUUUAAACGUGAGAUUGCUCACGGAUGUGAUUUAUAACUCGAUCUGGAAUAUGAAGUGUAUUUUGUUUUUUAAAGAUAUCCAUGUAGGAGAAGGGAGACAAGGGGGGCAGAGGUGAUUUCUGUUCUUUCUUCACAUUAUGCCUGUGAGCAGAGCUGUUUGUGGAAACGCACAGAGGCGCUGACUGCGGGACAUAAGUAGCUCUCCAGGGUGCUGAAGUUGUCUCCAAACGCGACAGACGCAGCACCCGAUCUCUGCCUGUCACUUUCAGCCCAUUUUCCCAACACCAUGACUUGGCUGUGUCUUCUCCGGAUCGAGACUCUGGAUGCUCGGGGUGAAUAAGGGAGGUUUUUGGAAUGUUAAGUGACGGUUUGCAUGAACACUGGAGGCACACGAGCAGAUCCAAGAGGACACCUGUACGACUGUCUUACUGGACUUUGAAGCUCUCGAGAUGGCAUUAAAAAAAUGAAAUGUUGACAUUGGGCGGAUUCAUUAUUAAAUAGUGAACAGAUAGAUUCACUAUACCUUGGAAACCCUGGAGGGAAAAUGCAACAUAUUCCUCCACAUUUCAAAGGGGCACUAUGGGAGUCCAACCAUCCGUGUAUACCCAUCAUUAGAAGCAGACCAGCUUUUACGACACUUCCCUCUUAUAACUUCUUGUUAUGGAUCCUUCUUGGAGUAUUGACGUUCCCUUGUUGUGUCCGCUGUUUGAUAUUCAAAGUGGGGGUACUCGGCCCUUGGAACUGCGACCCUGUUUACUACAGGGCCCUGCCAGCUGCGGCAGCCCGACUCGCUGUUAACAGGAUAAACGGAGACCUGAGUCUGGAUCUGGGCCUGAAAAUGGACUACAUCAUCCUACAGGAGCCGUGCGAGACCUCACAAGCCCUCACUGCGUUUAUUUACUAUGAAAAGAUCGCUGAUGCGUUUUUGGGCCCCACCAACCCGGGUUACUGUGUUGCAGCUUCUCUGCUGGCCAAGAACUGGGAAAAGGCCAUCUUCUCCUACGGCUGUGUGAACUACGAGCUGGACCGCGUCAUCGGAUACCCGACCUUUUCCAGGACAGUGCCGUUUCCCUCUGAAGUGUUGUUCACCGUGUUGAAACACUUCAGGUGGGCCAGCGUUGUAGUGGUCUCAUCCAAUGAAGAUACUUGGAUAGAUACAGCAGGGAGAGUCGCCUCUGCUUUGCGGAAUAAGGGGCUUCCGGUUGGCAUGGUUACAUCCAUUGGUACAAAUGAGACUGAGGUGGAGAGCACACUGAGGAGGAUCCAUGCUGCAGGAGAGAUCAAGGUCAUCAUCAUGUGCAUGCACUCUCUCCUGGUUGGAGGGCAACAGCAGGCUUCUUUUCUUCUCAAAGCACAGGAAAUCGGCCUGACCUCAGGGAAGUACGUGUUCGUUCCCUACGACACCCUCCAGUACAGCUUGCCCUACACCAAUGUCUCCUACUUCCCUCUGCAAAACAAUAGCAGGCUGAGGGAGGCCUACGAUGCUGUGCUCACCAUCACUGUGGCUUCUGAGACUUUGUCCUUCAACGAGGCGUUCGCUGGUGCCAAGAAGAGCGAGGAACUGUCGGUAGAUGAGCAGCCAGAGCAGGUUAACCCACUUUUUGGAACCAUCUACAACAGCAUCUACUUGCUGGCCAAAUCCAUCAACAAAGCCAGGAGAGCAGGCAUGUGGCUGUCAGGCUCAAACCUGGCCUACUUCACAAAGAACAUAACCUUCACCGGCUUUAAUCAGAAGGUCCUGGUGGACAAUGCUGGGGAACUCAAGACCAACUAUGUCAUCCUGGACUCUGACAACACAGGGGGGCAGCUGUACCAGACCUAUCUGGUAGAGCUAACAUCUGGAGUGCUUCGUUCUGCUGGGAGGUCUAUUAACUUUCCAGGAGGAUCUCCGCCGCCGUCUGAUUCCAGCUGCUGGUUUGACAAGACAGCGGUCUGCACAGGAGGUGUGGAGGUCAACUACAUCAUAGUGGUGUUUGCAGUCAUCAUCGUUCUGGCUUUGGGAGGACUCUCUAUUAGUUUUUAUAUCAGGAGGAGGCUCCAACAGAUCCAACUGGUCAAGGGUCCUAAUCGAAUCCUACUAACCUUAGAGGAUCUAACUUUUAUCAAUCCUCAGCUUAGCAAAAAGAAAAUUACCUUGGAGGAUCUGAGUGAGUCCAAAAGUGCUCUGGAGGAGAAAUCUACAGACAACUCACACUCUGUGAACAGCAUGCAAAUGGCAACUCAUGAGACCACAAACGUAGCAGUGUAUGAAGGCGACUGGGUGUGGCUGAAGAAAUUUGAGGAGGGGCAGUUCAAAGAAGUGAAGCAAAGCGUGACCAAGAUUUUCACAAAGAUGAAAGACCUGAGAAACGAAAACGUGAAUCCAUUCCUGGGCUUCUUCUCAGACUGCUCCAUGUUUGCCGUGGUGACGGAGCACUGCUCCAGAGGCAGUCUGCAGGACCUGCUGAGGAACGACGACGUUAAACUAGACUGGAUGUUUAAGUCCUCACUUUUGCUUGACCUCAUCAAGGGUAUGAAAUACCUUCACCACAGAGACUUCCCACAUGGGAGACUCAAAUCUUGUAACUGUGUGGUCGACGGGCGCUUUGUUCUCAAGAUUACUGACUAUGGUUUCAAUGAGCUGCUGGAGUCUCAGAAAGCUGCAAUAGAAGAACAAUCACCUCAAGAUCAAUUCUGGACAGCUCCAGAGUUCUUAAGGGACCAAGCAAACUCACGCAGAGGCACCUACAAGGGAGAUGUGUACAGCUUUUCUAUCAUCCUACAAGAGGUGGUAGUCCGAGGACCCCCGUACUGCAUGCUGGGUCUAACUCCAGAGGAGAUCAUCCGCAAGGUGAAGAAGCCUCCUCCGAUGUGCCGCCCCACUGUCGCCCCGGACCAGGCUCCUCUGGAGUGUAUCCAGCUGAUGAAGCAGUGCUGGAGUGAACUGCCCGAUCGCAGGCCUACAUUUGAUGAGAUCUUUGACAGGUUCAAGAUCAUCAACAAGGGCAAGAAGACGAACAUCAUCGACUCCAUGCUGAGGAUGCUGGAGCAGUACAGCUCCAACCUGGAGGACCUGAUCAGAGAGAGAACAGAGGAGCUGGAGGUGGAGAAACAGAGGACAGAAAAACUUCUGUCAGAGAUGCUACCUCCCUCUGUGGCCGAGGCCCUGAAGACAGGAGCCACAGUGCAGCCCGAGUACUUUGACCAGGUCACAAUCUACUUCAGUGACAUCGUGGGUUUCACCACCAUCUCCUCGCUGAGUGAUCCCAUCGAGGUGGUCGACCUCCUGAAUGACCUCUACACUCUGUUUGAUGCUGUGCUCAGUAAUCAUGACGUCUACAAGGUGGAGACCAUCGGUGACGCCUACAUGGUCGCAUCAGGUCUUCCAAAUAAAAAUGGCAACAAGCACGCUGCUGAGAUCGCCAACAUGUCUCUGAACAUCCUCAGCUCAGUAGGAACCUUCCACAUGAGGCACAUGCCAGAUGUGCCUGUCAGGAUAAGGAUAGGAAUCCACUCAGGCCCCUGUGUUGCCGGGGUGGUAGGUCUGACUAUGCCACGGUACUGCCUUUUUGGAGACACUGUCAACACUGCCUCUCGCAUGGAAUCCACCGGUCUGCCUUAUAGAAUCCAUGUCAACAUGAGCACUGUGAAGAUUCUCCACUCACUCGAUGAGGGUUAUAAAAUAGAAGUGAGGGGGAAGACGGAGCUCAAGGGUAAGGGUAUUGAAGAGACCUACUGGCUUGUGGGGAAAGCAAACUUUUCAAAACCUUUGCCAAACCCACCAGAUAUCAAACCAGGGGAAGACAAUCAUGGGCUGAACCCUGAAGAUAUAGCUGAAUACAGAAGAAAAAAGGCUGAGAAAAAGGCUUGACCAUCGUAUUCCAAACACAGGAGGACAAACUGGCAGGAGAUGGUGACACGGGAGAUAAGGACUAUUUUUCACAAGGCCAACAGGCAGGUGGACAAAAAGGUCUGAAUGAGGAGACAUGCAAGAAGCAAAUCCAGAGGAGCACCGGAGAGAGGAGGACUUAAUCAAAAGAAAGGAAGAGACAGAGAGCUGGGAGGGGCGGGUGGGGAAUGAAGAGCGCUGCCCAGCCUCUCACUGUGGCUUAAUGCAGACUUGUUUAAGAGGAUUGACCAUCCAACAGCUAAUCUGCCUGCAGCCAGCACAGCAGAACAUGACAGUGCUAAUGUAAUGAGGGUUGGUGCAUUAUUUGCAAAUAUACCUGCUGCCAGUAGCACAGGGUCGCUUCAUGGCGCCUGAAUGAGAGAUGCACUCGUUCAAUAUUCUUUGCACUAACUGGCCACUGAGUGGUCACCUAUUUCAGGGCAACACCCCAAAUGCCUAUUUCAAAAUAAAACCUGGGGCUUAGGCUGUUACUAAGCUGUGGCUGAAUAAUAUAUGUUGCCCAUGAGUUAAAGGCAAAGACUAUCAAGACAUUUUGCAUUUAUUAUUAGAGCAGAAAGAAAACGAGUCUAUCAAGUCCAUUGAAAUACAUUUCUUAAAAAAAGAAAAGAAAGAAAUGCAAUGCAGUGACAAAAAGAUAAUGAAAAUGAUCAUUCCUUUUCUCUUUUGUCAGAGUCAUCACAAUUUUAAGAUCCUUAAGUUGAACUACUCAGUCGUGGAUUUUGUCCUUGUUUUUUCUAUAAUGCUUAAAGCCAAAAAAUCUGUUUCAGGAAAUCCACCUUUGCUGGUUCUUUGUGCUACAUAUCUGAAUGCAAUGAAGUACUGUUGCUGUAAUUGUUUGCUAUCAAUAGUAGUCCUGAAGUGCAAAAUCAUUAACUAUGCGAGGUGAAGUUCAUAAGAAGACUUUAUUUAUAGCACCAACAACAUUCAAUAAAAUUAAGUUUCACCUUGUAACAUAAAACAAUUGUGUUUCCAUGUUCAGAAUAUCAAAAUGUUUGAUCAAUAUUGGUCAUCUGAAAGUUGACAGCUAAGCUUCCACUUAAUUACUGGUCAACAAAUUGACUUUGAAAGACCUCCCGGAGGUUUAAGCGAGGAUGCACGAUUUGUUUAGAAGCUAAAAGGCGCCAUCUAGUGUUCAAAUUGAGAUUGUUGUUAAGAAGCAUUGAAUGAGCAUUUUUAUCGACUUGAUAACUUUUGAAUUAAAACAAACAGGCAAACGUUUACACUGUUCAUAAUAUAAAAUGGCAUGUAUUUAAAAGUAUAUUGUCUGAGAGCACAUGCAAAAAAAAUUCUAAAUAAAUAAUUUUAAUCAUUUCUUGAUGGAAUGUACCUGUGAAAAGAGUGUUCUGGAAUAAAACCAAAAUAUGAAUUAACCUUCCCUUUGUAUUAUGUGAAAACAUCCUCCAGCACCUCAAGAUAUUAACACUGACAAUGUGGUCAGCUAAAUUCAUGGUGUGGAAAACAACAGUCAGUCUGAAUCAUGUAAAUGGGGUUAUUUUAAAUGCUGUCAUUUUUAUUUUGUGUUUACACUGCAUUCCAAAGUAUGAAUUGUAUGUAAAUAUGACACGAUUAAGUUAUUAAAUCAUUCAUUUGUACUACAUUCAUUGUUAAACUUGAGAGACUUGGAAGUGUGUCAACAGCGCUUUUACUCUUUGCAGCCACAGGGUGGUGCUAUAGCUCUUACUCAGAAGAACCCAAUCACUUUCAUUUCUGACAAAGGGAUUAGACACAACACAGAUGUUCCGUUCAUUCUUCUUUUACAUGUGACCAAACAUUGUAAAGGUCAUGCUUAGAGUGUCUGAAAGGAACUUAAAACUCACAGUCACCCUACUGUUGUUGUGCAGCUUCACAUUUAUAUGUGAGGAGCUGGAAUUGCAGGAGAUUGAGUUUCCCACUAACCAUGUGAACCGUGCACUCCAGAUUAAACACGGCAAGGACGAGUAUUUCUGGGAUCUUUGAUUGAUUCCCACCAAUAUUCAAGGUGAGUGUGAAGGAGAUAAACCUCAUCAUACUCUGGAUACUCUGGCACGUUAGUGACACAAGGAAAGGGUGCUUGAUGUUAAAGU